AAAAAAAGUACAGGAGAAAAAAGUGAUAAGCAGCUUCUGGGUUUUUCUUUCAAGCUCACUCCUGCUGAAUCGGGUUGAGGGAGCGUGAUUGUGUGCAUGUGUUUGUGGGGCGUUCUCUCUGUCUCCUGUCACAGUAGCGGCACAGCGGAGGACCCUGAACAAAAGGCUAAACGCAGCAAAGCCACAGGAGGAGAAAACUCAGGGAUUGCAGAGUGGCCCAGCGUGACUGCAACUUCUUAAGGGAGGAACUCAACCUGCUGUUUCUACCUUCCUGGUUGGCCCUGAAGAGGAGACACAAGACAAGCCCGUCUCUCUGUUUUGUUUCUAAUCCAGUCUCUGCUGAGAUUCCUACACCUGCCCCCGGACACCCCCUCUUCAAUCCACCUGUUUCCGAGAUGUCUGAUGAUGACUGCCGCUCACCCAUCGGCCUGGACUGCUGCAGCUGCUGCCUGGACCUGGCCAACAGUGGUGAUGACUCCAUGUCUAGCAGUCCAACUGAAGGCCUACCAGGGAGUCCCAGUAGCCCCAGUGUCAGCCACUUCCGCCAGCUCCGAAACCAGCUGAUGUACCAGAACCUGAACACGGACAAGCUGAACAACAUCAUGAGGCAAGACUCGCUGGAGUCGGUGGUGAGGGACCCCUGCUUCCUGCUCAAUGAGGGGAUCUGCAACAGUGAUAUUGACCAGACCAUGCUGUCCAUACUGCUCUUCUUCCACAGUGCCUCUGGUGCUAGCGUUGUGGCCAUCGACAACAAGAUUGAACAGGCCAUGGACCUCGUAAAGAAUCACCUGAUGUACGCCGUACGUGAGGAAGUGGAGAUCCUCAAAGAGCAGAUUAAGGAGCUGGCAGAGAAGAACAACCAGCUGGAGCGUGAGAACUACCUGCUGAAGAACCUGGCAAGUCCAGAGCAGCUAGAGAAGUUCCAGUCUCGUAUCCCGACAGACGUGCUGGACAAUCGGAGCUCCCAGCUGACCCCAGACCACCAGCAGCAGACCUGCAUCCACAGCACAGGCUCUGCUGUGUAAGUGGCUCUGCCUUGGGGCGGGCAGAGCCACUGUCUCCUAACAGUAAUGGACCUCCAUUUUGAACGUAAGCGUUACAAAAUAUCGCCGCCGCCGCUGAGAAAACCUUCGACACGUUGAAGGGGAAGCAUUGCGGCUGUAAAUGAUCGAUGGGACUCAAAAAGAACUGUUGACACUGAUAAGCACAAAACAGAACUUUAAGACGCUCUGACUGGUGUGGUGUCAGGCGCAUCCUCAGACACCGUCCAACUCUUUGUCGUAGUCUCCAUGUAGACAAAAGCGCUGAGAAUAGAGAGCGGCCUGACUAAGACACAGAUGAGCGCUUGCUUUAAGAUUUGCCGAACUCUCCCAACAGCCACCCUUCUGCUCCAGAGAAGGGUGUGAGGGCUGGUUGGGCUCGCCCUGCAGGUGCUAACUUGGAAAGUGCAGGGGCGAUCCUCAGAGAGGAGACCUAUCUGAAGCGGUCUCGAUGAGAGGAACCCCCAUCAUAAGGAUAUGUCCGAACCCCAAAAAAACGAGUUUCAAGGACUAGCAGUAAGAAUUUUCAGCCAUAUACCAAGGAGGACUUCCACUGUACCUACAAUGUAUUACUCAUGGUUCAUGUACAUUUAAGCAUAACACAAAUAAUCAACAGGAUAAGCUAAAGAAUCAGAGGGAAGGUUGGUGCAGUAUAGCCUGCUAGAGCUGGUGGACCGCUGCAGUAUCACUAUACUGUCAUGAUUCAUAACAUGUUAUCUUGUGUUGUCUGUAGCUGGGGCUUGCUGCUUAUGGGUGACAUUAAUCCUGCUUUAUUGUCUGUUUUUGUUAAUGAUUCUAAACAAAAAUCAGCUGUUUGUAAAAUAGGAGCAUUGUACAGAGUAUUUUGUUAUUAAGAGGGGCAACAUGUCUGCCCUUCUGUUUGCCCUGAGCUCCUCAGAGUCAAAGAUUACUACAUUGUACAAAAAAUGGAGAGCUAGCUAUUGUCGCUGCAGAUGCACUCCUGAUUUGAGGCAGCGUCGUCCAGUAUCUGGUCUUACUCAGAUGCCAAAUCUUGAAAAACAAUGGCAUGACAACAGUGCCUGUCCAUUCUAAGAGAGGAACACAUUUCCACAACGAGCUCUGCUGUUGUUUUCUAGCUACCAAAGACUUUUGCCUUUUUAUUUCUCACGAGAAAACAGGACCAUGUGUAAGAGUUCACAGGGAGAAGUCUUUUUUGUAGCUAGAGCUGAAGUUUUUAUGUGUUUUUGUAAAGAUAAUGGUAUUGUUGCUGUAAUGUAUCCUCUAAAAGGUUGUUCACUCUGGUGUUUGGAUACGACUGCACAUUUGCAAUAAACCUUAUGUUUACAGAAUA